ACACUAACGGCAAUACAUCGUAUCUGCAAAUUUGUCGAAUAUCGGGUUUUGGUAUCAAAAUAUUUGUAAUCUCUUUGCGCGCAUUUUAUUAGUUCAUGUUUUUAUUGAUAUUAUUAAUAAUUUCCCUCCAAUUCCAAUAAUAGUAAUACAUCGUAUCUCAUUUGUACAUGUGAUAACACGUAUCUGCACAAUUUUAUGUGAGCUUUUGUGAAGACAGUUUCAAAUGUCUGAAUUUAUUAAUUCAACAUCAGAUUCAGAUACGUUUUAUUGACAUAAUCAACAGGAACAGUUUUUAGUACUUACGUUGUAUUACAGAUCGCCAAUUAAGAUAAAUAUGUCAAAACGAAGACUAAAAACAAUUUUAGACUUAUCAUGUGGAAAUAGUGGAAAAACAAAUACAAAUUUGGAGAAAAAUAUAAAUCAUGGAAAUCAAACAUUUAAAGAUUUUUUAUCUGCUGCAGAGUUUGUGUUUGAAGAUUUUGAAUCAGACCUGGUCAAUUUGGGCAAUGUAAAUGUUGUACAAAAUAAUGUCAAUAAUAUAAUGUUACAAACAGAAAAUAUUUUUGAGCCUGAUAAUACUCAAUAUUAUGUAGAAAAUUCAGACGGUUGUGGCUAUCAAAAUAAGAAUAUCAUUAUGUCCAAUGCACUCCUUCAAUUUUGUAAAAAUCAAAAUGUUACUAUUGAGCAAAAAUUUUUAAUAAAAGGCCAUACCCAAAUGGAGUGUGACAGUGCUCACAGUAUGAUUGAAAGGAAACUUCACAACAAAGACAUCUUUCUACCCUCUGAUUAUGUCAGAAUUACUACUGAAGCUAGAAAAUUUCCAAACAGUUAUGAAGCAGUAUUACUAAAACAUGAUUAUUUUUAUGAUUUUAAGCCACUAAAGGAAUAUACUUCAAUUAGACCAGGUAUAGGUAAAGGUGAACCAGAAGUGAAAGAUAUUCGGGCAUUAUUGUAUGAUCCCUCAUCAUUUAAAAUUUAUUAUAAACUUUUGUUUAAUGAACCAUAUUGUGAAAUACCUAAAAAAAUCAUUAGAAAGAAAAUAAACCAAAAUUUAAGUAUUGAAGGAGAAACAUAUCAAUUUCAAAAAUUAUACAAAAACCCUUUGCCUUUAACCAAAUCAAAAUGGAAUGAUUUACAAAAAUUGAAGCAAUUUAUGCCUAUAGACACUCAUUCCUUUUAUGAUACGUUGCCUCAUUUGAAUACUUUCAAAACCAAAGCUGCUAAAAUAUAAAGUAAUAUAAUAUAAUAAUAUAAUCAUUUCCUAUAAUAAUUAUGAGUCUGAUUGUUUUUUAUUUCUAAAAAAGUUUAUCUGUUUAAAUAUGUAUAAAAAAAUUUGAGUCAAUUAAGUUUAAUUAACUUAAAUUUAAGUCAGUUGUUUUAUUUUAUAUUAAGAGUAAUUUUAUGUUUAUUUAUGAACAAUAUU